AUGGUAGUCUUUCACCAACCAAAAAUUGACGUCUUUGCUUUUGGAGUUGUCCUAUAUGAACUUAUAUCUGCUAAAGAAGCUUUGUCCAGGGCUGGUGAAGCUGGUUCCGAAACAAAAUCCCUUGUCUCUUUGUUUGAAGAAGUUUUUGAGAAGCCUAAUCCAAAAGAACAUCUUCAAAAGCUUGUUGAUUCUAGGCUCGGUGAUCAAUACACAAUCGAUUCGGUUUACAAGAUUGCACAGCUAGCCAAAGUGUGCACAGAUGAAGACCCAGACCGACGUCCAAGCAUGAGAUCUGUUGUGGUGACUCUAAUGACACUUUCUUCUUCUUGUGUGGAAUGAGACACUGCCUCCUUGUAUGAAAAUCCAUCAUACACAGAAAUGUUGUCCGGAAAGCAGAUGUAGAAAAUAUAUGUCAAUAAUAUUUAAAUUAAGUGACUCACAUGUUAUUUUGGAUUCCCCUUGUUUUUAAAUCCAAAAUAAUGAAUAAUAAAGAUGCUAAUUUUUUCAUCAAA